AACGGUUUUUAUCUGUCCCCGAAUCAGCGUGCCGCGCAAGCACUCGCUCCAAACACCAUAAAAGAUAAAAAUUCGUGAAAAUGUUGAUAACGAGCCCCAUUAGCAAUUAACUAAAAGUGAUGUCAGUACGUGUACUGCAGCGAAAGGUGUCCCCAAAAAGUGAUGGAAAGCACAGGAAACGAGACCCUGGACCGCAUUCAGCGGGAAAUCCAGGAGGCGCUGCAGCGCGAAGAGGAGCUCCGCCAGAAGUACAACCUCCUCAAUAACAAUGAGCCCGAAGCGCACACCAACGGUUUCAAGACCCCCAGCCCCGAGCCGCCCACGCCGGCCCCGCGGGCCCCGGUGGCGAACGGUCUCGACACCCCCAAGACGGCCGCGCGGCUCUUCGCCCCCAACGUGUCGUCCAAGGGAGUAAUGCAGAAAUUCCUGAAAAUGCGUGGCAAGAUGAACAUGGUUACGAUGAAGCCCAAGGUGGAGACGCAGAGUUCGUGGGUGCCCGAGGAGACGUUCGAGCCCGCGAAAGUUACCAUAGAGGCCGGCAGGCCCAUCAGGAACGGGUACGUCUCGGCGGAGGAGAAGAUGAAGAGGGAGUUGAUGGAGUUCCAGAAGCGCGAGGCCGAGUUGAGGCUCGAGAGGAAGAAGUCUCAGCCGGAUUUGAUGGCGGCGUUGGAGAAGGAGCAGGAGGUCCAGACGAAUUUGCAGCCGGCGCGCUCGAUGGCGCAGUUCUACAGCAGCGAGGACUUGACGGAGGAAGGGGGCCCGGUGCCCCGGGUGUUGAAGAGAGGGAAGUCGCUGGCGGAGCUGUGCGACACGUCGGACGAAGAGCUGGAGAGCAGGCGUACGCAUUCGUUGAUUAUGCAGUUUGAGAACUUGAAAAGUCAAUCUUGAAGAGAUUUUGUGAUAGAACCGUCCAUAUUUAUUGCAGCUAUGUUAGUCACUUAGUUUUAGUACAAAUCUUGCCGUACUUAAUCUGUUAAAGCUUCGUCAGGGUUGUGCCAAUGGAGUAUUUAUUUUAUUAUUUAUUGUCUAAAGAUGGAGUUCUAUGCUUGCGUCAUUGACGAAAUUUAUGCAAUAAAAUUUUCACACUAGUCUCAGUGCUGCUUUGGUUGACAGGUAUUUAAUAAAAUUAUUUCUGUACGACUGUUUUUUAUUCACUAGACGAAAGUGAUUAAUUUUACAUUGUUUUCAGACUUAAUUAUAUGUAUAAUUUUUCUUUUUUUAUAAUUUUUUCUUUGGGAAAAAAAUCAAUAAAACAAUUUGAGUAAA